GGACAGAGCCAGUGGGAGAGUGUAGGCCGAAUAAUUGUUUUUGGAUGGACAAGAGAGAAAUAUCUUCCUAUGAAGAUUGCACCUGUCAUACUAGAGCAAGCAGCCUUUGGACAGUCAUGGCAGUCAGACUUCAGCAGUGUUGACCAAGAGGAAUUGAUAGAGAUUCUUGAUAACUACAGUUGCAGACGAAUGCCAACUGCCAGCAACGUAAAUGAAAUCCUCCAGGAGCUUGCACACAAAACACUUGUCCAAGAGCCUGCUUAUGUUAUUGAACAGUGGGCCAAAACACUCAGUAACACCGGGAACAGCUUCCAGGAUCUUUCUUCAGUGUAUGAAAACUUACAACCAAAUGCAAGAAAAGUUUUGAAGUCCAUUGUCUUUCCUCAGGAAAUGAGUGGUCAUCAGAAGGACAUUCAAAAGUAUGUUAGCACAUAUAUCAGGAACGCAGAUUUGCAGCAUCUGUCCUUGUUUCUAAGGUUCUGCACAGGUUCAGACCUGUUCUUGGAUAAGAAAAUUCUUAUUGAUUUUACAAAGAUUCAAGGGUUUCUCAGAAGACCUGUGGCUCACACAUGUAGCUGUGUCCUCGAGCUGUCAAUCUAUUAUGAUAGCUAUCCAGAUUUCAGUGCUGAAAUGAACAAGGUUUUGGACUCUAAUGUAUGGGUCAUGGACAUUAUUUAAAGAUUUUAAAGUGAUGGAGGAAGAGGAAAAAAAAGAGGUUAAGGUGGCUAUUUAAAGUAACAAGUUGCCUAUCAAAAUCUAAGUAGAUGUUUUCCCCCAAAAUUUCCUUAUCAGAAUUUAAGGUUUUACAGAUAACAAUUUACCAGGGUGAUGUUACCAUUCCCAAAUUUCUACAGAUGUUAUAAAAAGGGAUCACCUAUUUGUGAGAGGUGAAUGUUUGUUUGUGCAGCACAGCUGUUAGUUUGUUUAAGGGUAGAUUGUCAAAACUCUACCAUAUAUGCACAAGUUCUGCAAAUUCAGAUCUGUUAACUGUCAGUGGAAUGUC